AACUAAAAUUUUUGGAUAAUCUAAAUUUAGCUUUAACAUACAGGAAGAAUACGGAAUUAAUGCAGCUUUAACAUACAGGAAUAAAACAGUUAAUAUCAGCUCAUACAGCCGAACAUUCUGAUAUCGUAUUAGUUUCCAGAAUGUCACAAGAAAAAAAGAUCAGCUGCAGCAGUUCUGAAAAAGAAGAACUACAGGAUAAACAGAUAUUGGUCAACAAUGAAUUUUGUGAAGAAAAUGGAAUCGGAGACCUAACGUUUAUUGUAGAGAAUCACAAAAUACCUGUUUCUAAGACAGUACUGUGUAUAGCAUCCCCAGUGUUCCGUACCAUGCUAAAAGGUCACUUCCGGGAGAAAACGGAGACUGAGAUACCAUUACCUGGCAAAAGUUACGAAAGCUUCGUUGAAUUCCUGAGAUGUAUUUAUCCUGACAAGACAAAAAAGGUGAAAGAAAAAAAUGUGUACAUGCUUCUCCCCUUGGCUCAUGAAUAUAACGUUGAGAAAAUGAUGAAACGUUGUCAAAAAGUGAUCAUGCAAAUAAUAAAGAAUAGGCACACAAGGAAUGUGGAAGAAUUGUACCGGCAUAUACGUUUGGCUGAACUUUAUAGCAUAGAAGAAAUGAAAGAAAGAUGCAUUUAUCUGGCCUCAGAGAAUACUCUUAAACAGUUCAAAGCUGCCAGAACGAUGUAUCAAAUAUCGGAUGCAAACUAUCUCACGAUCAUAGAGCUGGCUCUGAGAAGGAAAGAGCUUGAUAAAGAUGAUGAAAAGGGCCUAUCUUUAAUAAAAAAAGAAUCGAAUGAUUUUUUUAUUGACCAAGUUACUUUCACUCUCAAAGGGAAAAUUGACAUGAGAGAAAAAGCUUCAACAAGAUGUUUGAAAUCAUUAAGACUGGCUGAAAGAUUCAACAUUCAAUUUGACAAAUCAAAACUACUUGACACUCUGAGGCAUUCUUACAACAAAAUCAAAGAUAAUGAAGAAUUUGACCUGCUUCCAGACACCAUUAAAUCUGCUUUAAAGAAUUGAAAUUAAGUAUUUUUGUUAUUUUAAGACUAAGACUAGAUACCUGUCUGUCACACUUCUGUUUUGAUAUGAACUUAUUUCAUCUGAUAAUAUUAUAAAACAUUUUACCUGCACAGAUCAAAGAUAAAUUUGAAUGUUUUCCUUAAAUUUUGCAUGCACAUUUUUAUGUUACAAUAGAAAAGUCUUUUUCACACUCAUUUCAUUGUUGAUGAGCAUGAUGUAACAUUACAUAGCUUGACGUACA